AUAAAAAUAGCCAAACUAGAAUUUAGUGCACUAUUUAUUGAAUAAAGUGUGACAUUAGACGCAGCCUGUGCUUGUUGGUAGAGUAGUGUUGUUGUGGCCCCGCCCAUGUUCCGUGCGUUUACGUUUGUCAAGAUGAAGGCGACGCUUGGGUUUACUUGACCAGUGUAAUGUAUGAUUAGAAAUCGCCAUCAGCGUUUCCGAUCCGGCUGCAAUGGACGAAACUCGUCCAUUGCUGGUGCCUCAGCAUCAACAGAGUGUCGAACUCCCUUCUCCAAACCUGACACCGAGGCACAGGGAUCUGCUACCCACACCAUGUGGACCAAUAAAACGGUGGUCGGAGCUCCCUUGCUUGGUGAAGCUCUACUACUGCUUUACAGUGGUCUCCUUGAUGGCCCUGUUGAUCCUCACUGUUAUCAACAUCAACAGAGAGUCCUGGAAGAAGGGCAGUGACAAUGAUGACUUGACUGUCUCCCUCAUCCAGCUUGUGAGCAUCUUGUUUUGUGGGUACUACAUCACACGAGGCAUUCUGCAGGAGAACAGGCAGGAGCUGAUUGUGUUUGUGCUGAGCGUAAUCGUGGUAAUAGUGCGCUCUGUGGUCAACUUCAUCGUACUCAAAGUCUACGAUACCCUGCUACUGGUGCGUUUUGUAUGUGUUCUGUCUGUUGGUGGCCUGCAUGUGAUUUGUGGCUUGCUGCUCAUCAGAAGGCCCAACAUGAUGGCCUUUAGGGUGGGCGGAGCUUUGGAGAGCCUCCAGGAACAAUACUUCCAAGUGAACCUUUGCUUUUCAAUGGUUACUUUUGAUCUCCAGGACCAGCUGUGCCUGUGCAUCCUGAUCCUUACCUCAGGUACCUCUGUGUCCUACACCCACACCAUUAUUCUAGGAAUUGGAGUCGCCUGGGCCUGCAUCACUGCUGCGACUGGAGCUAUUUCUGUUUUAAAAGAAGUGAAGCCUCUAGUUUGGAUUUUCUAUCUACUGAACUUGCCUCAGCUGGCUUAUUUCAUCUACCUCCUGUACACGAUCAUUUCGGAGUGGGGACAAAGUAAGACUUUCACACUGGAGGCUGCUGCGAUAACAGGCUGUGUGAUCUCAGUGACCAUCAAAGGUGUGCUGUUCUGGAGCCUGUUCCGCCUGUAUCGCAGCUUUGGUCAAGGCCUGCAUGAGAGAAUGUUUGCUUCAGACAGGCAGUGAAAAUCCUUCUGUGGAGGUCUAGCAUGAGAUCUGCGCUAAGACCAGCCAGCCUGAAGUACUACAAUGCGCCCGAUUUGUUUUUAAUGUUUUCAAUAUUGCUGUUACUAAUGCACUUAGUGCUGGCUUCCGAAACUUUUAUUGGCUACGUUCAUCACUGAAAAAGAGUUUUGAAAUUAGUUUUAGACACAAAGUGAUCGUGAGCAAACAACACAGAAGUUUAGCUUGUGGUACAUUUUAUAAACUUAUAAUUUUGGAUGCAAUAGAACAAAUUUGAGAGCACUUACUGCCUAAAAUGUACUAAAUGCUUAGAUAAAACAGCAUUGCUGACUAGAACAUUUACAAACUAGUUUAGAUUUUAUUUAAAAUAACAGUUGCAGAUUCUCCCAUUUAACUAGUGCCUAGUUCGGAGGUAUUUGAUUACCAUUCAUUAUGGUCUGGCUUCUAAAUAUUUUCUGUCCUUGGUUUAUCCAUGACAGAAGUAUGAUAACAGUGUGGAAUCUGAGUCUUUUCAUAGAUUAUAGUGUCAUCAGGGAUAAUGGAUGACACAUGUCUAAAAACUUGUGCCAAUUCCAACUCAACUGCUUAAAUUGCAGUGCAUUUAAAAGCACACAGUUCACAGUUAAUUUAUCUUUAAUUUAACUUAACUUGACUCAAUUUAUUUUAAUCAGUGAAGGAAACAAAUACUCUGAAACUCUGUUCUUUUCUUAACCUGGUCAGGUUGGAUUAAGUGCAAAAUCAAUUAUGCUGCAGGGCCAAGGAACAAAAACAAAUUAGCCACAUAAUCUGUUUAUGUUUAUCACUGUGCUUUAAAAUAUUAGCUUUGCAAACAAUGACAAAUCUUAUUUUUUAAUCAUUGUUAUUGUGUAGCUAACAACAAAUUACUUUAACAGAAUGUUUCUUUUAAACUAAUGACUGUGAUUUUAUAUGCUUUUAUUUAUUUGAAUAUAUUGCAGCCAAGUGCCUAAAAUGUACAAAACUAUAUGUGUAUAUAUCGCAUUCAUGGUGACAGAGGUCUAAAUUUAAAUGCAGCACUUUUGAUUUCAGUUGUUUUAAAUGUAAAUAAAAAAAGUUUACAUGCACUCAUAAGGCACAUGUAUGUCAUGAAAAUCUAGAGAUUUCUAUAAUGUUUUUUUAUGUGACUGAAUGAUUGGAUUACAUACUUUUCUUAACAAGGAGUACUUUUAUAGCAUUAUUGUGUUUUCCAAAAAUCUGCUGCAGUUUUUUACAGUUGGUUGUGUACAUUUUACUUGGUGGUAUGGCCUCCAAAUUUUAUGUAAGUGAGUAUGUUUGACUAUGACUGUCAUGCUGGACAGAAGCUCAUGAUCUGUUCAUUCUAAUUGACUUCUUUUUGUUGUGCAACAGCUUUUAAAUAAUGGUAGUUUAUAAAUUCUUGGAGUAGUUUAAAAUGUCCAUUCAUAACUUUCUUUCUGCACAAGAUCACAGUUUGGCUUUUCCUUCUCACUGUUUCAUGUACUUAAAUGAAACUGCAGAGUCACCAGGUAUAGUCAAUCAUAAUCACAAACAAGGAAUUACAAAAGCCAAUGCCACAAUACUGAGUUACACAAUCAAAUACCAGCAAGUUCAUAUUUUAAGUUGUAUGUCUAUUUUUUUUUACCCAAUAUACACGCUAUUUGCAGAAAUUGUAAUGAAGAAGUGUUUCAUUCCCACAAAAGAACAAAUGCAGAAAUCAUAUACCGUCCCAAUAUUUAUAAAA